ACCAAGGCUGUGUCAAGAUGGCGUCCGUGUUUCGCAGUGAGGAGAUGUGUUUGUCCCAACUGUUCCUCCAGGUGGAGGCUGCAUAUUGCUGUGUGGCUGAGCUUGGGGAGCUUGGAUUGGUUCAGUUCAAAGAUUUAAAUGUGAAUGUGAACAGCUUCCAAAGGAAAUUUGUGAAUGAAGUCAGAAGGUGUGAGUCACUGGAGAGAAUCCUCCGUUUCCUGGAAGAUGAGAUGCAAAAUGAGAUUGUGCCUCAAUUGCCAGAGAGGCCCCCACCGACCCCUCUUCCACGGGAAAUGAUUAUGCUGGAGACUCUUCUAGAAAAACUGGAAGAGGAAUUACAGGAAGCCAACCAGAACCAGCAGGCUUUGAAGAAAAGCUUUCUAGAACUGACUGAACUCAAACAUCUGCUGAAGAAAACCCAAGAUUUCUUUGAGACAGAAACCAACCUCGCUGAUGAUUUCUUUAUGGAAGACACUUCGGGUCUCCUGGAGUUAAGAGCGACACCUGCCUGUGUGACUGGAAAACUGGGGUUCACCGCCGGGGUGAUCAACAGGGAGCGGAUGGCGUCCUUUGAGAGGCUGCUGUGGAGAGUGUGCCGAGGGAACAUCUACCUGAAGUUCAGUGAGGUGGACACGACUCUGGAGGAUCCCGUCACGAAAGAAGAAAUUAAAAAGAACAUAUUCAUCAUAUUUUAUCAAGGAGAGCAACUCAGACAGAAAAUCAAGAGGAUCUGUGAAGGGUUUCGAGCCACCAUCUACCCCUGCCCAGAGCCUUUGGGGGAGCGCAGAGAGAUGCUGGCCGGCGUCAACGCGAAGCUGGAAGAUUUAAUCACCGUCAUCACACAAACAGAGUCUCACCGUCAGCGCCUCCUGCAAGAAGCCGCUGCCAACUGGCACUCCUGGGCCGUUAAAGUGCAGAAGAUGAAGGCCAUUUACCACAUCCUGAACAUGUGCAACAUUGACGUCACUCAGCAGUGCGCCAUCGCCGAGAUCUGGUUCCCGGUGGCAGACACUGGGCGCAUCAAGAGGGCAUUGGAGCAAGGCAUGGAACUAAGUGGCUCCUCCAUGGUCCCCAUCCUGACUGCAGUGCAAUCUAAAGCAGCUCCUCCCACAUUUAACAGGACCAAUAAAUUCACAGCCGGCUUCCAGAAUAUUGUAGAUGCCUAUGGUGUGGGCAGUUACCGGGAAAUGAACCCAGCUCCCUACACCAUCAUCACUUUCCCCUUCCUGUUUGCUGUGAUGUUUGGAGACUGUGGUCAUGGAGUCGUGAUGCUACUGGCAGCACUUUGGAUGGUCCUUAAUGAGAGAUGCUUGCUCUCCCAGAAGACGAACAAUGAGAUCUGGAACACCUUCUUCCAUGGACGCUAUCUGAUUCUCCUCAUGGGCAUCUUUUCCAUCUACACGGGCUUGAUUUACAACGACUGCUUCUCCAAGUCUUUCAACAUCUUCGGCUCUUCUUGGAGUGUCAGACCCAUGUUCAGAAAUGGCACGUGGAACACAUACGUAAUGGAAACAAAUCCAUAUUUACAGCUGGACCCAGCCAUUCCGGGAGUGUACUCUGGAAAUCCAUACCCAUUUGGGAUUGAUCCGAUUUGGAACUUAGCUUCAAACAAACUAACAUUCUUGAACUCCUACAAAAUGAAGAUGUCGGUCAUCCUGGGAAUUGUCCAGAUGGUUUUCGGUGUUAUUCUCAGCCUUUUCAAUCACAUAUACUUCAGAAGAACUCUCAACAUCGUUCUGCAAUUUAUUCCUGAGAUGAUUUUUAUCCUGUGUCUCUUUGGAUACUUGGUUUUCAUGAUCAUUUUCAAAUGGUGCCACUUUGAUGUCCAUGCGUCCCAGCAUGCCCCUAGCAUCCUCAUCCACUUCAUCAACAUGUUUCUGUUUAACUAUGACGACCCUUCUAAUGCACCCCUGUACAAACAUCAGCAAGAAGUCCAAAGUUUCCUUGUUAUUAUGGCUUUGAUUUCUGUCCCAUGGAUGCUUCUGAUUAAGCCGUUUAUUCUUAGAGCCAAUCAUCAAAAAUCCCUGCUGCAGGCCUCCAGGAUCCAAGAAGAAGCCACAGAGGACACUGAAGGUGACAACUCCAGCCCUUCCAUGAGUGCUGGCCAGAGGGCUUCUGCAGGUGCCCAUGGGGCUCAGGAUGACCAUGAAGAAGAGUUCAAUUUUGGAGACAUCUUUGUGCAUCAAGCCAUCCACACGAUUGAGUAUUGCCUGGGCUGCAUUUCAAACACAGCCUCUUACCUCCGGCUCUGGGCCCUCAGCCUGGCUCAUGCACAACUGUCGGAGGUGCUCUGGACCAUGGUGAUGAACAUUGGCCUUCGUCUGCGAGGCUGGGGAGGACUCAUUGGGGUCUUCAUCAUUUUUACCAUAUUUGCUGUGCUGACGGUAGCCAUCCUUCUGAUCAUGGAGGGUCUGUCUGCGUUCCUGCACGCCCUGCGACUGCACUGGGUAGAGUUCCAGAACAAGUUCUACGUCGGGGCUGGUUACAAGUUUUCUCCUUUCUCCUUUAAAUGCAUCCUGGAUGGGCCAGCCGAGGACUAGCUACAGGCCCCGCAGCCUGCCAUCACCUCUGGCUUC